UCUUGAAUAUGUUUGUGGCAGUAACAGCUCAUUUUUUAAAGUGAAAUCUCUUAAAACCAUACUAUAAUAACCUUCCUUAUUGCACUCAGGGAUGUUAUUAACUUUAAAAACAUUAAAUCAAUGAAUGCCUAUCCAAAUUUAGAAAUACAAGUAAAUAAGGAACUUUGUAUAUAACAAUAAUUUUAUACCAAUAACAUUUGAUCUGAAAAAUUUUGAAGAAUGGGAACUUUAAUCUCUGCAUUACGUGUCUUAAGUAGAUUAUUAUUUAAUCCCAUUUGUCCUUCAAGACAAAAUUAUAAACACAGAAACGCACGACAUGUGGCCUUUUUAUUGUUUUCUCACCUUAUUUCUGGACUAUUUGUUGUUAUUUCGACAUAUGCAGCAGAACAGUCAACUGUCCGGAGUGCCAACUACAUUAACUGGGCAGUGGUCAUAGGAUGUGUGAUUGUCGGGUUGUUUUCUCUCUGUGUCCUCCUCGUGUCCGGCUGUCGAGGACGUCUGGUGGUGGAUCCUAAGGUGUGUAAUGCAGAUUCAGAUCCGUCUUUGAAUCUGCGUGUAAUCUUCCUAUGGAUGUUUGGAAUGACCGUGAUGCUCCACCUGGCCCUGAAUAUUGCCAUUUACCUUGAGUGUCUCCAGAAAUAUUCAUUGAAUCUGUUUUAUUUUGCAUUAUCUCUCCUUAGCAAUUUUGCGUUUAUGUGUUUCUUAAUCAUCCAGCUGAGCAUUAUAGCAUAUUAUAGGAGAAACGCAUUUAGAAACACCUUAAGUCAUUCUAUUGCUGUCGUAUUUAUUCUCACUGCUAAUUUUGCUAUAUGGUUUAAUACGACGGUGAGUACUAUUAAUGUGUUUGAAAUGAUGGAAAACAAGACAGUCCCCAGAUACAGCAACGAGUCCUUUUGCUUCCGGACUUCUAAAAUACAAGUGGAACUAGAAAGAAAAAUAGAGCAGUUUUUAACACCAGCCAGAAUGGAAUUUUGUAUAUUAGCCUCAAGUUUUAUCAUAUCUCUGUGGACAUUGCCUGAUGUAAAUAGGAAAGAUAAUAUGCAAGACAAGGAUGGAGAUCUCAAUAAUUCCUUGGCCUUUGAUAUCCAGUCCCGUGGUAGAUUCCCACCAGGACCUGAAAAUGAUUCCAGUCGAAGUUUAAUGUUACAUUCGAGAAAUGGUGUAAAUAACUUGGUUGGGUCAAAUAUCGUGUCUCUCGUGUUUGGAAUCAUUUUAAACCUGCCAUCAUUUGUUUCCAAUAUUUUACUGACUUUUGUGUUUGAUUGGGACAGUGAAAAAACAGCAAUGUCGCUGUAUUUCAGUAAAUGUCUGGGAUCAGUUUCAAUUAUUGUUGUGAUAUAUCUUUGUAGUUACAAUCUACGGAAGUUAAAUUUUUCGUGGAGUAAAGACAAAAUGACAGUGAAUGAUUACAUUCUAAUUAUUAGUUCCUCUGGUAUGGUGGCUUAUUUUAUGUUUGGUCUACUUUCGCCUGAUUUAACCCUAGCAUUUUUAAGUAGCCGUAUUUUUCUCAUAAUCGAAACUUAUCUUCAAACAUAUUUUUUGAUAAAGAUGAAAAGAGCUUGUGUAACUUUCAAUUCUUCUAUGAUAUCAGCAACAGGAGUUUUUCUGACCAUAUCAAAUCUCAUUUAUUGGUUCUUGAAUGCGUACAAUCAAAUAACGUUUGUCAAGGGAAGAAUAUUAAAGCUUGUGGAAUUCGAAGAUUGGCUCUACAUUGAGAACGUCUUGGUGCCUUUAAUGACUUUUUACAGGUUUCUCUCGGGAAUGAGCGCCUAUUCUCUUUACAGAAGGUUUAAGUCACAUUCUUAACCUCAAAAGAGGUAAAAACUAUCAUCGAAAAAUAUUAACUUUAAAUUGUAUUUUCUUAUAUGGUUGUGAAUACAAUA